UCUGCAGGACCCUGCACGGAGGAAGCAGUGGAGGAAAAUGGCCCUCGAUAAUUUAAUUUUCGCCCAAUGCAUUCUUUAUUUUUUAGCCUUUGUGUUUGGCUUUAUCUCCGUGGUGCCCCUGUCCGAAAACACGGAGGACUUCGGGGGGAAAUGUUUGCUGUUCACGCGCGGGAUGUGGCAGAAUGAGAACAUCACGGUAUCGAAGCAGCGCUUCAUCGUGGAGGAAUGGGGAGCGGAAUCCUCCUGCAGUUUCAUCGCAUUCGUCGGGAUUGCUUCCCUCAUAUUGUCUGCAGUCCAAGCCUGGAGGCUGCUCUUCUUCCUUUGCAAAGGACACGAUGACUCCAUCUUUAAUGCCUUCCUCAACCUGCUGAUUAGCUCCUUGGUGGUGUUCACAGUCUUCCUGUCAAGUACCAUGGUUAGUGUGGGCUUCAACCUGUGGUGUGACUCACUCACAGAAGGUGGCACCAUGCCCAGCAGUUGUGAAGACCUGCAGGACACUGAUCUAGAGCUGGGUCUGAACAAUUCUGCCUUCUAUGACCAGUUUGCUAUAGCUCAGUUUGGUCUCUGGGCUGCAUGGCUCACCUGGCUGGCCAUUACUGUGCUGGCCUUUCUCAAGGUGUACCACAACUACAGACAAGAAGACCUGCUGGAUAGUCUCAUCCAUGAGAAGGAGCUGCUCCUUGGACGCUCCUCUCGCCGCAGCUCUGACCUCAAAACCGGCCUCAUCUAGGAGGGAAAGGAUCCACACGCACAUAUUCACUAACUCCCAAGUCCCUAUGUUUCCUCUCCUGCCAUGACAAACUCCAAUGCUUGCCUCUGUUGACAAUCAAAAUGAGUUGGCUUUUGUGCAGAUGGUGAACUACAGUGGUAUAAAAAGUAUCUAAACCUUCUGGAAUUUCUCACAUUUCUGCAUAAAAUCACCAUCAAAUGUAAUCUGAUCUUUGUUAAAAUCACACAGAUGUAAAAACAGUGUCUUCUUUAACUAAAACCACCCAAAUAUUUAUAGGUUUUCAUAUUUCAAUGAUGAUGGCAUGCAAACAAUGACUGAAGGGGGAAAAAAAAGUAAGUGAACCCUGUGCCUGAGAAGACCUAAAGAGCAAUUGAAACCAUUUUAUACCAAACAAUUUAAGUCAGGCAUGUGCCCAAUCACUGAUGAGUGGUUUAAAACUGUCCUGUCCACUAUAAAAAACACACCUGGUAAGAUUUGUCUUGAUGAGAAGCAUUGUCUGAUGUGCAUC